CCUCCCGCCGAGGCGGUGCGGAGAGGUGCGCCCUGGGAGCUGUUGUUCCGCGCUCCCUUCCGGGCCCUCCGGUAUGCUUCCGGCGCGCCGACCCGGAACGGAGCGCGGCCGCUUCCGGAGCCGGGCGGCGGGAGCUGCCCGCACGUGGCGGAGGAGCGGGGCGGCGGGGCCUCGCGUCGCCGCCAUGGCGGCCGUGCGUGUGGAGGAGCUGCUGGCCGCGGCGGAGGAGCAGGAGGCGGAGAAGCAGCGGAGCAUCGCGGUGCAUAAGGAGCUGGAGCUGGAGUUCGACCUGGGCAACCUGCUGGCGCUGGACCGCAACCCGCCGGCGGCGGCGGGGCUGCGCGGGGCCGGCCAGCGGCGGGAGGCGCUGCUGCGGGCGCUGGCCCGCGACAACACGCAACUGCUGGUGGCGCAGCUGUGGGCGCUGCCGGCCGAGCGCGCCGGCGGCGCGGCGGGGCCUCUGGUGGCGCAGCUGCCCGAGCCGGCCUUCCGCCUGCCCCGCGAGAAGCCGCCGCCGCGCCCGCGGCCGCCGACGCGGUGGGAGCAGUUCGCGCGGCUGAAGGGCAUCCGCCGGCGCAAGCGCGGCUCGCUGGUGUGGGACGAGCAGGCCAAGGAGUGGCGCCGCCGCUGGGGCUACCGGCGGGCGGGCGGCGACCCGGCCCGCGCCUGGGUGGCGGAGGUGCCGGCGGGCGCCGACCCGGACGAGGACCAGUUCGCCAAGCGGCGGCGGGAGAAGCGCGAGCGCGUGGCACGCAACGAGCUCAACCGCCUGCGCAACCUGGCGCGCGCCCACCGCGCCGCCGGGGCCCCUGCCGCGCCGCUGCACCCCACGGGCCACCAGAGCCGCGCCGAGCUGGGCCGCGCCGCCCGCGUCGCCCGUCUCUCCACCGCCUCGCUCGGCCGCUUCCAGCCGCGGCUGCCCAAGGAGCCGGCGGAGCCGCCCUCCCGCGGCGGCGGCAAGAAGCGCCGCUUCGCUCCGCUCCUGGGCGACCUGGCGGCCGAGCGGAGCCGGCAGCUGGAGCUGCUGCGCGGCAUGAGCAGCAAGAAGCCGCCGCUCGACAUCACCCGCGCCGUCAACAAGCAGCUCCGCGAGGAGGACGCCGAGGCAGCCGCCACCAAGGGCAAGAAGCGGGCGCAGCGGGGCAAGCGCGGCCGCCGGCAGCAGCAGCGGCCCGGCCACAGCGGCAAGAAGAGCGGCAGCAAGCGGCAGCAGCGGCGGCCUGCCAGUGGUGGCGGUGGCAGCAGGAGGAAGAAGGCGUGAGAUGGACUGGCACUGCCAGCCUCCUGCCCGGCGCUUGGCUCCCACACCUAUUUAUCAAUAAAUGUGCUCUGGUCUUUCUAAAAAUCUCCUGCAUUUGGCUCUUCGAUGGCAGUCAAGGAGGGCAGUGUUCCUCUUCUAAGGGGAAUUGGUCAUGUAUCAUGAGAGUCAAGUUCCCCAGUGCCCCCAGGUUAGGGGCUUUCAUGGGGGCAGCCAGAUAGCUCCACAGCUGGCCAUGGCUGCAGCAUUUCAAGACAGGCCUCAGUCUGUGUGCAGUCAAGUUGCUUCAUUCUCGCCUAAGGUUGGGGUGUGGAACUCAAGAGUGGUAACUCGUAUAUUAAGUGCUGGUGUGAUCAAAGACAAACACUGUUAAAAGAUGAGGCUACUGCCUUUUUCUCUGGGCUGUGUGUGGGUGAGUGGCCUGACUGUGGAGCUGCUGCUCUGCAAGCCACCUUCAGCCACUCAGUUCGGUGGUACUCAGGGUCAGUUGCAGGAGGAGAAGCAUGAAAACUAUUACUGUAAGAUUUAUUGCAGGGCCUGAGAGAUUGCAAAGCUCUGUUAAUUAAAAAAGAAAAAAAGACAAAGCUGUUGAUGUACCAUUGAAUUCAACAGAAUAUCAAACAAUAGAGGAAAAACUUCCCAAAUUUCUACCUGUACUACCUACUGAUAGUAGUUCAUUUUUAGAAAAAUAGUUUCAUACUGUUUUUUUCUUUACCAAAGUAUUUGAAAGCAGGUAUUGGAUAUGAUCCAAGACUUGUUUAUAGCUGUUUUGAGCUUUGUAGUGUUUCCUGUACUCUUGAAAUGAAAAAUAUAUUCUGCUGUCCUAUUAUGUGACUUAGCUACAAGGAGGAUGGCUUCCUUCUCUGAAGCCAGUUCCCACUAUGAGGAUAGUAAAAUAAGUUAUCAAACUUUCAGAUAAUAAACUUGUAAGUGGUAACAAUAUCAUAA